AUGCCAGUAAAUCGGAUAUAUAUUAUUCUGACUGAGUAUUACAUUCUCUUUCUUCAUCGAUGGGUUUGCUCCGUAGGUUCAGUGGAAAAUAUCCAGGCUGACGUUAACGUUAUUAUUACCAAACGUGAUUCCCUGGAGGAACAGUACCAUGAGGUGUCCUGCUGUCUGAAGGAGGUAUUAAAUGGGUGCCUUGUGGAUGGGGUAUUUUGUGUAGCUGGCGGCUGGGUUGGCGGGAACUGUAGCGCUCGAGGUUUUAUUAAAAGUGUUGAUACUGCCAUAAAGCAAAGUGUAUGGUCAUCUACCGUCGCUGCUUCGAUUUGUUCUGCAUAUCUUCGGCCGGGCGGUAUGUUCAUUCUUUGUGGGUCUAUGUCGGCUUUGGAUGGUACUCCAAGAAUGAUUGGAUAUGGAUUAGCAAAGGCAGCUGUCCAUCACUUGGCCUCAAGUUUGGCUGAGCCGGAGAGUGGGAUGCCACCCGAUAGUUGUGUCAUCACUCUACUAUUUGGCAUAUUAGACACUCCAGCGAAUCGCAAGUGGAUGUCGAAAGAAGACUCUUCUACAUGGACGCCCUUAGACUUCAUCAACAGACUACUCCUUGACUGGAUUCAGGGUAAAAUGCGUCCGAAAUCCGGUAGUCUCCUUAAAGUUAUCACCAUCGAUGGAAAAAGCGAGUGUAUACCUAGCAAUACCUUUUGA